UUGUUAUCAUAUAAAGAACAAAUUAAAUUGUUAAAUAAACAAAUGACAGCAUUGUUAAGUAAACGACGUGAGGAUUUUGAAUUGUUGGAAGAUAAUAUGCGUAAACGGUUUAUUGAAAAAUCGGAUUUGGAUGUUGUAAGGCAAGAACUGAAUGAAUUAAGACAAGAAAUUCAAGAAUUACGCACUAACAAACAACAACAAAAUCAAAAACCCAUAUCAUCAUUGUCAACACAUGAAGAACAAAACAUUGUUGCAAAGCAACAUCCUCAUCAGAAACAACAACAACAUGGUAACCAAGAGACAAAUGAUCAUUUAACUGUAAAAUGGUUAUCAGAUACUGUAAAUGAAUUACGAACGGAGUUAAAUGAAAUACAAUAUUCACAUAAUAUGAGUGUACAAUUAGAACAACGUUCACAAAUACAGAAUGAUAUGAAAUUAUUACAUACGGAUAUUAUAAAUAUGAAUAAAGAAUUAGAGGGUGUACGAACGGAGCAAUUGAAGUAUGAGGCAACGUUAGGACAAUUAAUGGAAGAAGUGACAUCGGUACGGGAUAGUGAACGUACAACAGCUGUACAGUGUGCGAAAGUUAAAAGCCAGCUGAAAGCUGCCCAACUGGAAUGGUCCUACAAUUGGCAACAAAUACCAAAGAAUCCAAACCAAAAAACAAAAAUGGACACCGUAUCCACAAUAUCAACACCAUCGAAUAUUUUGCCUAGAAAAUCACGUCAUCAACGUGUUAUGCGUAAUCAUAUUCUUAAACUAGAAAAAACACACGCAGAUAUGUCGAGACAACAAACUCUCUUAAAAGAGAAAAUUCUCGCUUUAGAAGAUUUAAUCAAUGAAAUGUCGAAAAAUAAGUUACACAAUAAACGUGCAACAAUUGAUUUGAAGGAAAUCGAUAAUCGUAUACAUGUAAUAGAAACUCGUAUGAAUCAUAUUGAAAAAGAUUCGAAUACUGUGGGGGUACAAACGGAUGUAACAAACAAUGAAAUAAAUGAAGAUAAUAACAAUAUUUUAGCACGUGUUAAUCGCUUGGAAGCAAUUGAAAAACAACAAACGGUUUCAUUGUUUAAUAUUAGUCAACAAGUGACAAGUUUCGAUCGUUUACAUCGAUCGAUACUCGAAUUAUUAGAAACAGUUGAACAAUUAGAGAAUAAAAAAUAUCACAGUUAG